UCAAUUUGUUUACCUCGCCCUCUAGAAGUCACAUAUUUUCUUACUCCUCUCGAGUUGAAAGAAAGUCCGUGGCCAUCUUUGAAUUACUCUUAUUGUACUCGCGUUCUUUCCAAGUUCAAGAAAAGAUGAUUAUCGAUGCAUCAAGAAAUGUUUCCUCCGCUUUCUGGAUUUCAUGCCUGAUCCUCUUCAUCCCAGGCACUCCUGUCAGUGCAGAGACAUAUCUUCAAGAGCGGUGCGGAGAUAGGGGCAACUACGCUGUUCAUAGCAAGUUUCAGGACAACCUACAUCGCCUCCUCUCCGGGGGGCUUGACAACAAAGGACCCAUUUACGGUUUCUACAACACGACGGAAGGUGAAGAUCCAGACAAAGUUUAUGGUCUCUUCCUCUGCAGAGCGGAUGUUGACACCAAUCUCUGUCAGUCUUGCAUCAAUUCAGCUACCAGCCUCAUCAUAGAAAGAUGUCCAGGACAGAAAGAGGCGACCAUAUGGUACGAUGAGUGUUUUGUGCGCUAUGCUAACAGAUCUUUCUUCUCUAUCAUGGAGACAUUGCCGAUUAUUUUCAUUGUCAACCCUGCGGACGUGGAGCAAACUUUUGAUAAUGAAGACUUUGAGACAGAAGUGACGGAUUUUGCAAGGAAUGUCACAGGCUUGGCGAUCUCCUCGGAAAGCUUAUACGCGACCAAAAACAUUAAUGUCUCAAGUUCAGUGACCUUGCAUGAGCUUGCACAGUGCACCCCUGACAUAUCAAAGUCAGAUUGUAAGAGUUGCUUGCUUUCUGCUAUCAAAGAGUUUCCUACUGUUCUUAAUCAUAAAAGGGGAGGUGCGAGAAUUCUUCAGCCAAGUUGUAAUAUACGGUACCAACUGUAUCGUUUUUAUGGGGAACCUAGAGGACAAGCACCAGCACCUUCUCCAACUAACAAAACCAGCACUGAGUCUGGCAUUAAAGAGAAGGAAAACAGCCAAGAGGUUCAGUUACUUCAUCUGAGACGAGAGAUUGGAGAAGAGUUUUCGAAGGAAAACUCUCGAGGAGGAAAGCCGGUGGCUUCUCAAGAACUAUCUUUGAUACAAUUAGACAUCAUACGGGCGGCCACAGGAAACUUCUCCAAUGAAUGUAAACUUGGGGAAGGCGGGUUUGGCCCUGUGUACAAGGGCACAUUGGCAGAUGGAAAAGAAAUUGCAGUUAAGAGGCUUUCAAGAACCUCAGGCCAAGGACUUAUUGAGUUGAAGAAUGAAGUCAUCUUGAUUGCUAGACUACAACACAGGAACCUCGUCCGAUUAUUGGGAUGCUGCUUGGAAGAACAAGAAAAACUCUUGAUAUAUGAAUACAUGCCAAACAAAAGCCUGGAUGUCUUCCUUUUUGAUUCAAAUAUGGGGCAAUCUUUAGAUUGGAAGAUGCGCGUGAACAUCACCUGUGGAAUAGCUCGGGGACUUCUAUAUCUACAUGAGGAUUCUCGCUUGAGAAUUAUCCACAGGGAUCUGAAAGCUAGCAAUAUUUUGCUAGAUGGUGAGAUGAAUCCAAAGAUAUCUGAUUUCGGAAUGGCAAGGAUCUUCAGUGUAAAUCAAGACAAGGCCAAUACAAAUAGGGUUGUUGGAACCUAUGGAUACAUGGCACCGGAGUAUGCAAUGGUAGGACUCUUUUCUGUAAAAUCAGACGUCUUCAGUUUUGGAGUUCUCUUGCUAGAGAUAAUAAGCGGGCAAAAGAACAACGGUUUUCAUCUCCGAGAGCACUGUGAAAGCCUUCUCACUUUUGCAUGGAAGUUGUGGUCCGAAGGUCGAGGGUUGGAACUUAUUGAUCCCUUAAUCAAAGAGUCAUGUGAUACAGUUGAGGUGCUGAAAUGCAUACACAUCGGUCUAUUAUGCGUUCAAGAAGACCCUGUGGAUCGACCAGCUAUGUCACUCGUGGUUCAUAUUCUAGGAGGCGAUACUAUCACACUCAACCCACCAUCGCAACCUGCAUUCUCAGUUGGAAGAGAUGUGAAGAAACUUUAUUGUAUUGUACGCAGUCAAGAAGCCUUCACUGUUAAUGGUGUAAGCGUUUCAGAUGUUUUGCCUAGGUGACCAAGUAUCGUCAUCGCAUCUUCAAUUGAUUUCUC